AUGGAUAGAAGAAGAUCCAGCGAUACCAGAAAUAGCAAAUUUCGAAGAAAAUCAAGUGCUGCAAAACCCUCAAUUAGAGAUCAGUGGAAAGAUGAAGAUGAUCUCGAUGAAGAAAUGGAGGAAAUUUUCAACCCAACAUCUGAUCACUUCUCCAUUGCGGAGUUGACAGGAGAAGGGAAAGUAGAACCUCCACACUAUGAUGAAAACGACUAUGAAUUGCAUAGAAGAGGAAGUUUUCAAUAUCACCAACCAUUGCAUAGGUUGUAUCAUCAUAAGCACAGGAAAUCACACAAAACCGAGCGUGAUGAAAACCGUCCAAUGAGGAGUGUUGUUGAAGAAUCAAGCCCUCUAGUAGUAGAAGGAGAUGAUUCUGCCAAAGAAGAAUCUCAAAAUCAUCAGAGUUUAUCACCAUCUAAAGUUCUCAACAAUCAAGAUGACAGAGUUCAGUUUUAUGUGGGAAGUUCAACUUCCCUGGAAACUUCAACAGCUCCUUCAAUUAACGGCUCUGCUGAUAAAAUGGCACUGAAGUCUGCACUUCGAGGACCAUUGAAGCAAGUUGGAGGUUCAGCUGUUGGUUUAAGGUGUGGCGUUAGCUAUGAAUUCUUAACAUGGCGUCUGUCAGUGAAGAAAACCAUCUUACCUUCCAGCCCAUCUCAAGCUUUGCCCAUCAGCGAGAAGAUACCAGAGGAACAUGAAUUACAACCUUGUUUCACUGAUACAGCUUUGGCCCAACCCAUUGAGGAAGGUUUGUCUUUGGGUAUUGCAUCUCUGGAUUCGUCAAAGUCAAGUCAAGCCAAAGUCAAGUUUAUGCUUGGAGAAGAUUCUCGUGAAGAACUACAAAAAACGUUUGCAGAUGCUCCAAAAGAUUCAAGACACUUCAUGGAAGAGCAAAAUGGCUUCCCUAAGUACAAUAAUAGGCACCCAAGGAAAGUGUCUAAAAAACGAAAACAUCAUGGAUUGGAUGUUAAUAAGCCUUAUGGUACUAUUCUUGAACCUGAAGAAGCUGAAACUUUACCAACAGCUGAUCUUGAUGACAUGGCUAGUCAUCGUUUUGAAGAUCCAAAAGGUAUUCGACGUCACAAAUUUCAUAGGAACUCUUUGGCUUCUAUUCUUAACCUGAAGAAAGAUGAUUCGGGAUCUUUAAAAUUGUCAUUUGGGAAGAAAAAAUUUAACCAUGAGCCUCAUGAGUUGUUUGUUGAACUGCAUGAACUGUUAGAGUAUGAAAAUUAUGGAGACCUGGAAUGGAGAGAAACGGCCCGUUGGAUAAAAUAUGAAGAAGAUGUAGAAUUGUCGAUUGAUCGUUGGGGGAAGCCGCAUGUCCCUCCUUUGUAUUUUCAUAGUUUGUUAACAUUGCGAAAUGCACUAGAUCAUGGAGCUGUAUUAAUAGACCUGGAAGAUAAAGAAACAACAAACAUUGCAAAAAAAAUCACCGAUAGCUUCAUAUUUACUGAUCAAAUCACACAUGAGGACAGAGAAGCUGUAGUCCAAGCUUUAAUGAAAAGGCAUCGACAUGUGAAUGAAAAGUCUCUGCCAUCUUUAAGAAGAAAUAGUUCAGGCUAUGGAAAUUUAAAUUUAUUGAGUCACGACAAAAACAGAUCACCCUUAUUUUUGAAAUCAGUAAAGUCAAAACCAGAAAAUGAUAGCAACCAUGCUGCCAAUAACGAAGAAGGCACACCAAAUGAAACUGCAGUUCUAAUGCCCAAUGAAAACAAUGUAAAUAAUCGAGAGUUUACUCCAAACACUAAACGGAAAAGUUUUGUUGGUGAUCGAGCUGCUGAACCAAGUAUUCUUCGUAGGAUUCCUGAAAAUGCUGAAGGAGCAGUUGUUUUAGUGGGAGAGCUGGAUGGUCUUAGGAAACCUGCUUCUGUAUUUGUUCGUCUUUCAGAGGGGAGAUCACUGCAGUCAUGGCUUGAGAUACCUAUAAACAUUCGUUUCAUCUUUGUAUACCUGGGACCUAUCGAUUUCGUAGACUAUCAUGAAGUUGGACGCUGCAUUGGUUCUUUAAUGAGCAAUCAAGAUUUUCAUGAAGCUGCCUACAAAGCAGAAAACCUAAAGAAAGAACUCUUACGUGCAAUGAAUCAUUUUCUUGACAUGAGUACUGUAGUUCCCCCAGGAAGGUGGAAGAAGAUGUCUAUAAUGCCAUCCGUCUGUGAUGAAAUAAGACGUAAAAGUGUAGUGCCUCCGAAUCAAAUAUCUCAUUUUAAUAUUUCAGAAGAAUUAGAACCUGGGUAUGAUCCUUUGGAACGUACCGGAAAGUUUUUAGGUGGCUUAAUAGAGGAUAUCAAGCAUCGUUUCCCGUGGUAUAAAAGUGAUAUUUUAGAUGGUCUGAAUUUUCAGUGUGUUGCAUCUGUAAUAUUUAUUUAUUUUGCUGCUGUAUCUGGCGCCAUAGCAUUUGGAGGUUUACUAGCUGAGAAGACAAACCUUGCAAUUGGUGUUUCUGAAACCCUAAUUGGAACAGCUAUUUGUGGCAUUAUAUUUUCAUUACUUUCCGGACAGCCUCUCAUCAUCAUUGGAACAACUGGUCCAUUGUUAAUGUUUGAUGAAAUGUUAUUUCAGUUACGAGAAAAUUUUUCGUCCGACUUUCUUGUUAUAAGAGUUUGGGUUGGGAUAUGGACUGCAGUGAUUGCCAUCAUUGUAGUUGCUGCAGAAGGAUCAACGUUGGUGAAUUUUUUUUCAAGAUUUGUUCAAGAAAUAUUUGCUACAAUCAUAUCACUGUUGUUCAUUAUGGAGAGUUUAACAAAGUUAUACACAAUUUUUCAAGAAAAUCCCCUUCAAUCUUAUUACUGCAAUGAAAGUUCCUAUAAUGCAACAAAUUCUUCUGAUUAUGUAGUACCUCUGAAUCAGCCUCAACCCAACACUGCUUUGUUGUCAGCAAUUUUAAUGAUUGGAACAUUUUAUAUAGCAUUUUUUCUUCGACAUUUUAGAAACAGCAAAUUUUUAGGGAGGAGUGCUAGGAGAGCACUUGGAGAUUUUGGAGUUCCUAUCGCUAUUGUUAUUAUGGUUCUGAUGGAUUAUUUAAUUCCUGACACAUUUACUCAGAAAUUAAGUGUUCCAGAUGGAUUAUCUCCAAGUACUCCCCGAAGUUGGAUUGUUUCUCCUGUUCCAGUAACGAUUUGGGAAGUUGCUAUAGCAUUUGUUGGUGGCCUUUUAAUAUUUAUUUUACUAUUUAUGGAAACUCAAAUUUGUGAGUUAAUUAUAAGCAAGAAACGAUUGAAAAAAGGUUCUGGAUUUCAUCUUGAUAUGGUGUUAAUUGGUUUUAUGGAAAUGAUAAGUGCAUUUCUUGGAGGACCCUGGCAGUGUGCUGCGACAGUGAGAUCGAUUUCUCAUGUUUCCAGCUUGAUUGUCUGGAGCAAAACACAUGCUCCAGGUGAAGCUCCUUACAUUGUUGAUGUUAAGGAACAAAGGCUGACUAAUUUUUUGGUCUCUUUACUUGUUGGAAUUUCUGUAUUAAUGGGUCCAGUCCUUAGACAAGUUCCUCUUGCUGCUUUGUUUGGUGUGUUUUUAUACAUGGGUAUAUCUGCUUUAAGUGGAAUUCAUUUAUAUGAAAGGUUUUUACUAAUAUUUAUGCCAAGGAAACAUCAUCCUGAUUUUCCUUUUGUUCGCAAGGUUCGGACAAGUAAAAUGCAUUUGUACACUGUAAUACAAAUAGCUUGUAUUGCAGUAUUGUGGAUAAUUAAAGUAUACAUUGCACCAGCUUUCCCCUUUGGAUUGUUGUCAAUGAUUUUUAUACACUAUCAAAUGAAGCGUCUUUUCACUGAAGAUGAAUACAGAGCUGUGAAGGAUGACGAAGAAGAUUCUGAGACGGAGGAUGAACCAGACUUUUAUGAGCAAAUUGUGGCCUAAAAAGUUGGCUUUUUUAAAAAAACCUUUUAUUUACUCAUGGUGAUUUAACUUAUAUUUUAUUUGAUGGGAGUGUCUCAUAAUGUAUAUUACUGUUAUAUACUCAAAGCAUUAGUUUUCAUUUGUUGCUCAUUCCUUCUGCGAAAACUUUCAUGAAAACCAAAUUUGUUUACAAUGGUAACAAAAUCACAUAUUUGUACCUCUGUUGUCAAUUACAUUUGUUUUAGUUUAAAAGUAUCUCUUAAAAAUGUGGUUUGUUUCUGCAUUUAAAAUGAAGAAUUUUAAAUGUUCUCUGUGAUAAUUUUGCUGUCUAUAAUUUUAGGCAAUUUCUGUAGUUUUUUGCAUGUUUUAAUGCAUCUUUAUACAUAAUUUUUUAUUUUAAGCACAAAAUUGACCAGUAUAAAUACUUGUGAAAGUGCUACUUUUAAAAGUGAGUUUCCUGUAUAACACAGAUCAGUAUGACAAUUAAA